GGGCGGUGGUGGCAUCGUGCAAAUCCGACAAGGAGCCGUUGCGCCGGAAAACCUUCGCGGUGGCCAGACUCCAUCGGGUUUCCAUUUGACCGAGUUUAUUCCGAGGAUGAGGCUUCAAGACGAACAUAUUGUUCGCGACAUCGAUAGAAUCCAUCAGAAGUCUGAAGCGGGACGAAUGUCGAUUCCCGAGGUCCUUGCUGCGCUCCGUGAAUUGCAUGGCCCUUCCUAUAGCCAGAAUACCGUGUCCCCGUCGUUCCCCCGCCUGAAUUGUGGAAGCUGCAUAAGAUUCCGAUGCGAGGUACGGAGCGUGACGAAGGAGCAAGUAGUGGCCUACAGCAUCGAUAUGACCAACGGUAUGCGGAAUUUGCUUCUAUUCAGACCCGAAUCGCCUGAACUACGAGCCGGGAACCCCAACCUGCUGAAAGUGGAAGCGGUGAGUCUGGGAUGCGUGGUGCACGAACCUACAACGAAAGCUCAAACUCCCGUAGUCGUGAAAAUUUUCGACGACCGCCAGAAGAUUCGAGCUGGCAUCCACCUGGAAAUAACCGGGAUUUUAACUUACAAACCUUCACUCGAGGAACAAAUCCGAAGCCGUGUCGGAAACCGGGGCCCUCUUGCCGCGAUCCUAAACCAUUUUUCAUCAAAUACUAACCCGCUUCUAGUCCCGAGGGUUCACUCGAUUUUUCAUGUCAGAAUACCGAUAGUCUGAGCAACGACCCGCCACUUCCGCGCGGAUUGUGUUUCUUUUUGUGAUACUUUAAGUCAAGAUCGUAAGCUUCAUGUGAUCGAGAUAAAUCUCGAUUCCUUUUAGACCUCU